AUGUACCGCGUUGCAGAACUUCGCUUUUUCCACAGUUUCUACGUUGAGCAAAGGCUUCGCGAGCAACACCUCGCGCAAGAACAACGACAUCUUCACUUGGCAGGUUCACGGGUUGUGUCCCCAGGAGAUUCUCAACAACAGCCAUUGAUCGUGAAUGGUGUUCACAACAUGGUGCAAGUAAAUGGCGCUGA